AUGGACACCAAGCACUUCCUGCCGCUCGACUUCUCCACCCAGGUGAACUCCUCCCCGCUCAGCUCGCCCACGGGCCGGGGCCCCAUGGCGGCCCCCUCGCUGCACCCCUCGCUGGGGCCCGGCCUGGGCGCGCCGCUCGGCUCCCCCGGACAGCUGCACUCGCCCAUCAACGGCAUGGGCCCCCCCUUCUCCGUCAUCAGCUCCCCCAUGGGCCCCUCCAUGUCCGUGCCCACCACGCCCACCCUGGGCUUCGGCACCGGCAGCCCGCAGCUCAGCUCGCCCAUGAACCCCGUCAGCAGCUCCGAGGACAUCAAGCCCCCGCUGGGCCUCAAUGGCGUCCUCAAGGUCCCGGCCCACCCCUCAGGGAACAUGGCGUCCUUCACCAAGCACAUCUGCGCCAUCUGCGGGGACCGCUCCUCAGGCAAGCACUACGGCGUGUACAGCUGCGAGGGCUGCAAAGGCUUCUUCAAGAGGACGGUGCGGAAGGACCUGACCUACACCUGCCGGGACAACAAGGACUGCCUCAUCGACAAGCGCCAGCGCAACCGCUGCCAGUACUGCCGCUACCAGAAGUGCCUGGCCAUGGGCAUGAAGCGGGAAGCCGUGCAGGAGGAGCGGCAGCGGGGCAAGGACCGCAGCGAGAGCGAGGUGGAGUCCACUAGCAGCGCCAACGAGGACAUGCCGGUGGAGAAGAUUCUGGAGGCCGAGCUGGCCGUGGAGCCCAAGACGGAGACGUACGUGGAGGCCACCAUGGGGCUGAACCCCAGCUCGCCCAACGACCCCGUCACCAACAUCUGCCAGGCGGCCGACAAGCAGCUCUUCACGCUGGUGGAGUGGGCCAAGCGGGUCCCGCGCUUCUCCGAGCUGCCGCUGGACGACCAGGUCAUCCUGCUGCGGGCCGGCUGGAACGAGCUGCUCAUCGCCUCCUUCUCGCACCGCUCCAUCGCCGUCAAGGACGGGAUCCUGCUGGCCACGGGGCUGCACGUGCACCGGAACAGCGCGCACAGCGCGGGCGUGGGCGCCAUCUUCGACAGGGUCCUGACGGAGCUGGUGUCCAAGAUGCGAGACAUGCACAUGGACAAGACGGAGCUGGGCUGCCUGCGAGCCAUUGUGCUCUUCAACCCGGACUCCAAGGGGCUCUCGAACCCGGCUGAGGUGGAGGCGCUGCGAGAGAAGGUGUACGCGUCCCUGGAGGCGUACUGCAAACACAAGUACCCGGAGCAGCCGGGGAGGUUCGCCAAGCUGCUGCUGCGCCUGCCCGCCCUGCGGUCCAUCGGCCUCAAGUGCCUGGAGCACCUGUUCUUCUUCAAGCUCAUCGGCGACACGCCCAUCGACACCUUCCUCAUGGAGAUGCUGGAGGCCCCGCACCAAAUGGCUUAG